AUGAGCGAGAUGCUGGCUAAGAAUCAUCUAGAAACGAACUCUGCAGUCUGCCAGCCACAUCUUAGCACUACAAUCCAGGCUUGGUACCGACUGCAGCGCUUGAUAAGAGAUGGAGUAAUCAAGAUCGACGGUACUAAGCUUGAUAUACCUGGGGUGGUGGCGGUGGCCUAUCAUAAUUGCACACCGAAGAUUACCGAGGACCCAAGCGUCUUAGAGGAUAUUGAUGCAAGUAUACAAAUACUAAAGGAACAUCUCGAUGAUGGCUACAGCGUCUAUGGAGUCAAUACUGGCUUUGGCGGGAGCGCAGACUCAAGGACAGACAAAGUGGUCGCUCUUCAAUCCUCACUGCUCCAGUUGACGCAGGCCGGAGUCCUGCUGGAGUCAGAUAAAUCUGACAAUCAGGGCACACUGCUGGACUCUCAUGCUAUGCCUGCCUCUUGGGUACGGGGUACAAUGGUUGUCCGUUGCAACUCAAAUCUUCGUGGACAUUCCGCCGUGAAACUUCCCAUACUUCAGACCAUGGUCCAGCUGAUACAGCAUCGAGUUACGCCAAUUGUUCCCCUUCGAGGCUCGAUAUCAGCGUCGGGAGAUUUGAUGCCAUUGUCAUAUAUUGCGGGAACGAUAGAGGGGAACCCAGAUGUGUACGUUCAGGUCGACGGCCCUGAUAAGCUUCGAGUCAUGAAGUCCAACGACGGGCUACAACACGUGGGCAUGAAAGCUGAGAAGUUAGGCCCCAAGGAGGGACUAGGUUUGAUAAAUGGCACUUCAACAUCAGCCGCAGUGGCUAGCUUGGCAUUGUACGAAACACACCAGCUAUCUGUACUUGUGCAGGCACUCUCAGCGAUGGGUUUGGAGGCUCUCAUUGGCACCACGGAAAGCUAUCACCCAUUCAUUUCCGCUGUCCGGCCUCAUGAUGGGCAGAUUGAAUGCGCGAAUAACCUACUUUCCUUGCUUCAAGGGUCAAAGCUGGCACAGAACUUGAAUGGUAAGAAGGAUCAAGACCGUCCAGGUCUAGUUCAAGAUCGCUACUCCUUCCGUUGCGUACCCCAGUGGAUUGGGCCUCAGCUGGAAGAUCUCCUUCUAGCCCAUCGGCAGGUUACGACCGAACUUAACUCAACAUGCGACAACCCGCUCGUGGAUGUAAAAUCCAGGAACAUCUUUUCUGGUGGUAAUUUUCAGGCAGUUUCGAUCACUUCGGCCAUGGAGAAGACAAGAUUAUGCCUGCAGAUGCUUGGCAGACUUAUCUUCUCUCAGGCGACGGAGAUGAUUGAUCCCAGUCUCAAUAACGGUCUCCCUACCAAUCUCGUUGCAGAUGACCCAAGCUUGUCGUUUACUAUGAAGGGGGUGGAUAUCAGCAUGGCAUCAUACAUGGCGGAGCUGGGGUAUUUGUCAAAUCCAGUGAGCUCGCAUGUCCAGUCAGCGGAAAUGCGCAAUCAAGCUAUCAACUCUAUGGCGCUGGUAUCUGCCCGAUAUAGUAUGCAAGCAGUGGAGGUACUUUCCCUCAUGUGCGCCUGUGACUUGUAUAUCGCCUGUCAAGCUCUGGACCUCCGUGCCCUUCAUUUCGCUUUCUUGGGGAACGCAAAAUUCCAACUACGCUCCGUCACAAAGAGCAUAUUCUCGAAAUACUUACCGCAAUAUGCAUUGGCAGGCUUGCACGAAUUCCUGGACCAACAUCUGACCCAAUCCUGGCCAACAACGAAUCGCCUCAGUCCCGCGGAUCGGGUGCACACGGUAAUAGAAAACGCUAUCCCCGUUCUCUUAGACAGUCUCAAAAGUCAUCAGGGGCCCGGUCUGACCGACUUGGAUAUGUGGAAGACCCAGGCCUGCGAUCUACUCAACGUAGUGUACCAAGAAACCGCCGAUGAAUUCUUCCUGGAGCAGCACACCGCAGAGCUUCUCGGCGAUGGCUCUAAGCUCCUUUAUAAAACCGUUCGACAAGAGCUCGGUGUUCCGUUCCACCAAGGCUUCAUUGAACAUCCCACUGUUGGUGGCGAGACUUUGAAUGGCCGCGUUAAGAAAACCAUCGGAUCGUGGAUCGCGAUAAUCUACGAAGCGUUGCGAGACGGCCGUCUUAUGGGCCCCUUGAUUCAAACUCUCGCGUCUACAGGUUCGAGGGGGAAGAUGCCGGCAAAGCGAAAGCGCCCGGUCAUCGAGACCCUCGCCUCUACGCGGCGCAGACGGUAUCCUCGUCGUCCUGCGCCUGAGAUUGAAUCUGGACUCGAACCUGGACCAGAGGCUCAACUUGAACGUGAAACUAAAGUCCGACCAGAAUCUGGAGUCGAGGCAGGACCACAACCUGAGCUUCAGCUUGAAGCUAGAGCUCAGUCACACGAUGAUUCAGGUAAUAUCAUCCGUCACAAUUCAGAUAACGGUCAGGAUUCGAUUCAGCGUCAGCCAAAGCCAGAACAGAACAUGUUCGAAGUUGAAGAUAAUAUCAACUGUCCGAGCAUCGCUGAACGACCAAGCCUGAUAGUUGUCCUACGUGUGCGCGUGCCUCCUUGCAGCUCAGAACCACAGUCUCAGCCUUCUCAGAAGCCUCAAGACGCGUCUGUCGAGAAUGUCGAGUCCUCGUCCGGUGGGAAGACGAUCAUCAAGCUGCGUAUAAAACGUUCUCAGCCCCCCGAGUCUGAAAAUGCACCUAUUGUUGUCAAGAAAUUGAGACGGUCUCCUAGGCAUCAGCCGCCUGACGAAGAAACCCAGAUCGAAAUAACAGAAGGAGGCCAGGAUGAAGGCAAAGCCGAUGCCAACAUUAAAGAUAUGGAGAUCAACGCGCCUACUACGUCCUCGAAUACUGUCAUCGCGCCGCCUGAGCCAGAAAUCCAGAUCAAGAUCACAGACGGAGGCCAGGAUGAAGACAAAGCCGAUGUCAACAUUGACGAUAUGGAAAUGGAUGCGUCUACUAUGUCCUUGACCACCGUCGUCGCGCCGCCUGACGCAGAAAUUCAGAUCAAAAUCACAGAAGCUGGCCAGGAUGAAGCCAAAGCCGAUUCCAACAUUGAAGGUAUGGAGAUUGAUACUUCUACUACGUCUUUGUCCACCAUUGUCGUGCCGCCUGAGGCAGAAACCCAGAUCAAAAUCACAGAAGCAGGCCAGGAUGAAGCCAAUACCAAUGCCGACGGCGAAGAUAUGGAGAUCGAUACUGCUACUACGGCCUCAGCCAGCGUCGAAACGACUUCUUCUCCGACUACGGUCACACCUACCCGCCAGCUAGCCAUAGUUGUCCCCAUUGAUGACAUAAAGCACAACGACUCUUCCCCCAAAGACAAGCCUGUGGAGCAACCGCAAUCUCGCCCAGACUCCGAAGCCCUCCUUCUCGAUGGAGACCUAUCCGAACAGGCUCGGACUGACCCAGACCCCAACACCCCCGAACUCGUCCGGUCACUACCGUACUCCGGCCGUAGACGACCCCAUACUCAGCUCGCUCAUCACCUUCCGCCGCUCCACAAACUCAGUGAUGUCUUCGAGUCUCUCACAAGACGGGCAAUGGAUCUACGUCUUGGUGAUGUCUUGGAUCACCUUAGUACUAGACGCCUUCGUGUUGCUACUGUUUGUUCUGGAACAGAAAGCCCGUUGUUGGCAUUGGAGAUGGUCAAGGAUAACUUGAAAAAAUACUUCAACCGGGAUCUAGACUUUGAUCACCUCUUCAGUGCUGAAAUCGUGCCCUUCAAGCAAGCGUAUAUCGAGCGGAACUUUCGACCUCGCCUUCUAUUCCGUGACGUGGCUGAGCUUCAGAAUCCACUUGCUCAAACCGCCUAUGGCUCCCUCGAAGAAGUUCCCAAGAAUGCCGACAUUCUCAUAGCGGGCUUCUCCUGCGUCGACUUCUCCGGCCUAAACAACUACCAAAAAACACUCGAUGAGAAGGGCGAAUCUGGCGAUACAUUCUGGGGCAUAGUCUGCUACGCCAAAGCCUACCGUCCACGCAUGGUCAUUCUUGAGAACGUGAAAACAGCGCCCUGGGCAAAGAUCGAAGAACAUUGGCGCGAUAUCGAUUACAUUGCUGUUCAUAUGAAUGUUGACACGAAGGCUUAUUACCUCCCUCAGACCAGAGAGCGGGGUUACAUGUUUUGUGUGGACAGCCGAUCCCUUCCUGACAUCGCAGGGAACCAGCUUGGUGCAGGCAUGCGGCAGACUUGGAAAGACAUCUUAGAGCAAUUCAAGCGCCCCGCGAGCUCGCCGACUGGCAUGUUCCUACUCGAUGCUGAUGAUAGACGGCUCGAACAGAUUGAGAGAAAUAUGGCACAGAAGCUUGCGGCUUCUGCGGCUUCGGCUCGCGCAACAGUCAACUGGGACCUGUACCAAGUGCGGCACCAGGGCUAUCGACUCAAGAACGGCCUCGGUCAUCGUCGUCCGAUAAGUAAGUGGCAGGAUGACGGGACUUGCAACAUGCCGGACUUUGCGUGGCAGACUUGGGUGCGGUCUCUGCCGGAGCGGGUUUGGGAUACAAUCGAUGCGAACUUUUUGCGGAAGUUGGUGGAUGGGUAUGAUAUGAACUACAAGGAGCGAUGUCUAGAAUUAUCGCAAGGCAUAGACCGAGAAAUGGAUUCCCGCGCCUUUGGAAUUGUCGGCUGCAUCACGCCUUGUGGGAUUCCAUACAUGACAACCCGAGGCGGCCCUCUAUGUGGCCUUGAGUCACUUGCUCUACAAGGUCUACCUUUGGAUAGGCUCCUUCUGACGCAAGAGUCCCAACGCGAGCUGCAAGAUCUCGCCGGCAAUGCUAUGAGCUCGACUGUCGUCGGAGCAGCGAUUCUCUCGGCUCUGAUUGCUGGCUAUAAGGUGCUGGAGCCCAAAUUACUGGAACAAGACAAUUCCUUGCAAGAAUCGAAGUCUGAUCAUCAAGGUUGGAAACUCAAGCCUCAUGAUAAAGAUAAUCUGAUUCCGAGCAACAUGUAUCUGGACUCGGACACCACCGUCGGCAUCCUCAAGCUGCAAGAGCAGGCCACGAGCAGCGCUAGAUACUGCACGUGCGAGGGACAGAGCUCGAUUCGAACAGCGAUUCUGAAAUGCUCACUAUGCUCGCACACAGCCUGUUCUGAAUGCAGUGGGAACCCUCAGCACGCUUACAAGCGCUAUACCGAUCUAGUACGCACCCCGCCACUAGACUUCGUCAGCAUGCUCCGGUCUAUCCUCCCAGCUAGACUUGUGGUUCGCGGUAUAACACCCGAAUCCUACAAGGAGCUGCGUUCCAAUUCGCGCAUAUCAACAGAAACUUGGUCUGUAUUCUUGGAUGCUGUGUCUAAAGCUGUUGGCGACGAGCUCCGUAUUUUUGACAUCAAGCGAAGCGAGACUUGGACUGUGACCUAUGAAGGUAAAUAUUCCGUCUUAAAGUUGGUUAUCGACUCAAUUGGGAGUAUCACUUGGCUUCUUUUUGCGAAACCGGGUGAGAAUGAACCGGCGUUAUGUCUAAUCCGCGAGGUUCUUUCGAAACCGAUUGCGCGUAUGGUCGUGCCUUCUGUUCAGUCACCAGGAUCCAUUUUGAAAGGUGGAACUUGGGAGAUCUGCACCCCCCUGUCUUCAAGCUGCUCCUUGGAAUUUUUUGGAUCAGGAUUCCAGAUUGACUCUUAUGAAGCGAAGUGCGGCUUGCAAUUGGACGGGUUCCAAGGCACGCGGGUAUGGUCUCAUAUCACCGUUCAGGGGACCGAGAAAGACGUUGGAGAUUUGGAAGUCGAUGUGCGCGGUACUUAUGAGCUCCUGCAGGACUGUGGAACUGCGAACGCCUGUCUGCAUAGAAGGACGCCUGCAGAUGGAAAGCCGGCGAUCUACCUCUUUCUGGACCCGACGAAGCUGGGCGAGCCGAAGCAUGACUCGUUUGUUUUUGCGUUGGAGCACAGACGGAAUCCAGGCUACGCAGCUCGCAUGUCUAUUGCCGAGGUAUGCCAUGAAUGGCGCUCUGCCAAAGCUUCAGACACAGCUGAGAUUGUCACCGUUUAUCACCGGAAGUGGAUUGCUUGCCCGACUACCUCGCUGCAGUCAUACGCCGGGGAGUCCAAUCGUUUCAUUCAGUGUCACAGCCUGGACCCAAGGACGUCCUUCUCCAUUACUGACGAUAGUGUGGCAUCCCGAUGCCACACUGCAAACACAACUUUGUUGAGAUUCACCAUCCCAGCAGAUGUCAUUGCGCCAAACUCCAGCUCGUCCACGGUAACAGACUGGGAAGUCACCAAUCCACUCGAGUCUCCAGAACUCCUCCGAGAACACGCCUGGCUUUUCCAAAAGGCUGCCGGAUACUCCGACUUCGAGGCUUGGGGUCAGAUCGCAAACCCCAGCAUUCAUGGCCCAUGCAUGACUUGUGUCCCGCCCAAGCCUAGAAUCAUAUGGGGCCGUGACGCAAAACUCCGAAUCAAGGCAUUUGAAGACCCGCAUGACGCUGCUCGGUAUGAACGUGCCAUCAAGACUCGGCCGCCUGCAUUCUUGAUCUUCCGCAAGAAUUGUAAUCAAAACGCUGCCUCUGGCCUAGCGGAGCUUCGCGUUACCCUCAACAUUCAGACUCUUCUGCAUCAAGCUUUUAGCAGACUGCCAGAUAUUAGCCCGCAGGCUCCUGCGACCUUCCACUGGCGCCUUGUACCAAACUCGUACGAUGUGCGCGGCAACCCUUACCCAAAGUUUGAGUUGAGGAGCAAUAGAAAUGACGCUCUGUACCCACAGCCGCCGAAAUUUGAGAAUAACCAGCUGCGGCCGGAGCAGCUGCGUUCGCUGUCGUGGAUGGUAGCGCAGGAGGGUGAGGAUGUUGAGCCUUUCAUUGAAGAGGAAACAGAAGAAGCGCUCCUGGGGUCGUUGAUGUGGCGUGCGGAAGGGAAAGUCACGGUGCCCAAGAUUGUACGAGGUGGUAUUUUGGCUGACGAUGUCGGAUACGGCAAGACGGCUAUUGUCCUGGGCUUGAUUGAUGUGCUCUCGAAGAAGCCUGAUGUUGACCUGUCCGCUGGCCUUAAUGGAGCCGGCUUUAUUCCCAGCAGAGCAACACUCAUCGUUGUCCCUCGAAUCAUGGUGGAGCAGUGGCUCGACGAAAUCACCAAGUUCCUAGGCCACAAGUACGACGUCCUCGCCUUCUCUUCGGCAGCGGCAUUGAGAAAGACUUCUAUCCAGAAGAUUCGAAACGCCGACAUAAUUCUGGUGUCGUGGUCAAUCUUUGACACCCAGGCCUAUUAUAAGCAUCUACAAAAGUACACCGGUGCAUCUGAAGUGCCUGACAAGCCGGGCCGGAACUUCAAUGACUGGUUCCAUCAUGCGCAUAAGCUGAUGAAGCACCAUGCUGGAGCCCUGACGAAAUUUGGUCCAGCUAGUUUCUUGCAUGCUUUACGCGAAAGUCGCGCUCGGACAGAAGACCCAGACGAGAUCCAUCGAUUUGCGCCGUCAAAACGGCUACGGGGGAAACAAUAUGCGCUUGCACACAAGGAUAGGGACAUUAGGUCCAACGAUGGUGUUCAGGAUGCGCAAAUACCCAACGGCAAUAAGUCUGCUGAUGCAAGCGACGGGGAGCAUGAAAAUUCGACCGUCCUUGAAGCCAAAAUCGACGAUCUCCCAAUGGAAACAGCAUUGCACGACGAAGAGACUUUCUGGCCGGAACAGACCUGUGACGACGGUAAAUACUUCGGUAUUGACGGCAAGCCCCAGAGCUGGGAAGAUGUCCUAGGCCUCCCCUUCCACGCCUUCCACUUCAACCGCCUGGUCAUUGACGAAUUCACGUACGCCAAAACUGAUCGCCUCACGCAGCUUUUGACAUUGCAAGCUCGCUCAAAAUGGGUCCUCUCGGGAACACCGCCCCUGAAUGACUUCGCGGACGUAAACACCAUAGCCCCCUUCCUAGGCGUGCAUCUCGGUAUUGAUGCGGACGAUGACAAUAGCUCGCAGAAUUUCCGACUCAAAGAGAUCCGCAAGCACCGCUCUGAUGCUGAGACAUUUGAAUCAUUCCGCGCCCCGCGCAGUGAAGCAUGGCACAGACGUCGACAUGAAAUCGCACAGACUUUCUUGAAUAGGUUUGCUCGCAAGAACGUUGCAGAGAUUGAUGAAAUCCCAUCCACCGAGCACAUUGUCCUCGUUCGACAGUCGCCCGCUGAAAAGGUCAUCUACCUCGAGCUCUACAAGCAGCUGAUGACGUAUAAUCGGCAGCUGAAACGGGCGAAUGGUCGAGGAGGAGACCAAGCUGAGCGGCUGGACGAGAUUAUUGCAAAUAGCUCAACGCCUGAAGAAGCACUGCUCAAACGGUGUACAUCGCUCGCGCUCCAAGGUCGCUGGGACAGCAAAGGUAAUCCCGAGAUAGCCACCUGUGCCUCUCUCAUCGAGACUCGCGAGGAGCAACUGGACCAGACCACGGAGACCCUCAAAAAGAAGCUAAAACUUGCCACAUGGCUGUACUGCUCCGGGUGCGACGAAGACCACGAAAAGUUCAAGCAAUUCAGGGAGAGUGUGAUUGCGCACAAUUUUGGGGAUAAGCCUGUCACUGAGGAAGUCCUGGUACUCCUCAACACUGCUAUCGAAGGAUCUGAACCUCAUGACUGGAAAUCCUUCUACUCCGCUUCUGGUGUGGACUCGGAAACCAACAAAGAAGACCAAGAUGCGGAAGUCGGCCGGAACAGAAACGAUGUUGAGGAAGAGGAGGAGGAGGACGACGAAGAACACGAGCCAGCGCCAAAAGCAAAGGGCAGAGGCCAGCGUAAGGCUCGGCCAAAGCGUGUGGUUAGGCCCAAGCCCAAGCCCAAGUCCAAACCAAAGCCCAAGGCAAAAUCACAGCCAAAAGGCAAGGACAAGCUCCUUCUCCCCGCCAAACCAACCCAGCCCCGGGAGUUCGACUCAGAGCUGCGAGACGCCACAGCCAACCUCCGCAAGCUGGUCUCCGAAUGGGUCCAGCGCAAACGAGCCCUACGGUUCCUCACUGCUGUUCGCCAGAUCCAAACUAACCAGGGCAUUCCGACUUGCGACAAUUGCCAAACGCAACCGGGUCUUCUGUCAAAACUGAACAUACUCGGGUCAUGCGGUCAUGCUCUAUGCGCAAACUCAAACUGCACGCAGCUGACCCUUGAGAAAGAGGAAUGCGCCGUAGAUGGAUGUCGCGGCUCCGGGAAGUCCUUCAACGUCAUCAGUGCCAUGACGCUUGGAUGCGACACCUCCUCGCAGAAUGGGAUUGGAGACGCCGACCACGUCUCGAAGCACGGCGGCACAAAACUCGACGCCCUAGUCGACAUCCUCACUAACAGAGUUCCCAUCACCGAGCGCGCCCUCCUCUUCAUCCAGUUCCCCGACCUGAUGGAAAUCGCAUCCAAGGCCCUCACCUCCGCGGGAAUAAGCCACACGCUCAUAACCCCCACAGACCUGAAGGCAAGCUCCAAGGUCCAGAAAUUCCAGAAGGAAGGGUUCGGCGAUAGCAAAGUGCUCAUUCUGAAUCUUGGUGGCGAAAUGGCCGCCGGCUUGAACCUGCAAUGCGCAAACCACAUCAUCUUCCUCUCCCCUCUUCUUUCCCAGACGCAGUACGACUACGACUCGGCGAUGAUCCAGGCUGUCGGAAGAAGUCGACGAUACGGCCAGACGAAACACGUGCAUGUGUACCAUCUGCUCGCGAAGAUGACGAUCGACGUGAAUAUUUUCCAGGAGCGGCGCGGGAAUCAGGUUCUUGUUGAGCGCGAUGGACAGGCGGUUUUCGUUGAUCCUGAAGAUGCGCUGACGGAGGAGGCCAUGACUUGUCAAGGUCCGACUAUGGUUGCUGAUCAUGCGGUUUGA